AGUUAUGUCACAUCCGGGGUACCGUUUACAACACAAAGCCAGCCUUUUGCGUUCAGCAUGGGCCUUUUUGUGAUGGAACUCUUUGAGAUUGUGAUAGCUGUGUGCCUUUGUGCACUCGUCUCCGUAGCAUGGUAUAUUCAUCGACAACAUCAAAAGUAUGACCACCUUCCUGGUCCACCUAGAGACAGCUUCUGGAGCGGGAAUCUUCCUUCCAUCGGAAAAGUGAUAGCCGCAGGCGGUAUUUUGGACGACUACUUUAUAGAAACAUCAAAGACACAUGGGCUGUUAUUCCGGCUGUGUUUGUGGCAUGAGGUUAUUGUCGUUGUGUUAGACCCCGAAUGUAUUAAGGAUGUUCUUGUAAAAGGAAAUCACCCGAAGUCAAAGCGUAUAUAUGACAGACUAAAACGUGUUUUUGGUAAAAGAUUUAUUGGCGAUGGAAUUGAAACGCAGCUUGACCAAAAACGUUGGGUACUACAGCGAAUGCAGCUAGACCAAUGGUUCAAACCACACUUCAUUCGUCAAUUGGCACCUGAAUUCAACGAAUUUGCUGAUCGUUUUCUGGAACACCUGGAAGCAAAAGCGGAUGGCAAGACUGAAAUACACACACUUAAUAUGUUUUAUAAACUGACAAUGCAUGUGUUGUACAAGGUUGCAUUCAAUGUAGACAUGGGGCCAUUGAGUGCAGAGAACCAUCCGUUUGUCACGAAAAUGAAGACAGCUUUAGCAGGAUUUGCGGCACAGCUGCAAAACCCUUUUGUUGCUAUUAAUCCGUUCAAAUGGAGAUUUCGUCAUGAGGUCCGAGAAGCUAUAACCUAUCUUAGACAAACCGCUUACAAAAAGAUGUUAGAAAGAAAACUGGCGAAAGAUAAAGGAGACUUCUUCCCUAACGAUCUUUUAGAGUAUAUCAUGGAACUGAAAGAAAAAUACCCCGCAUUAAUAACGGAUGAAAUAUUGCUGGACAAUUUUGUGACGAUCCUAAUGGCAGGACAGGAAACCUCGGCCAACGUCUUAGGUUUCGUGAUUUUCCUGCUCGGAAAGAACCCAGAAUGUUACAAAAAACUACAAAGAGAGGUCGAUGAAAACGUUGGUGCAGUUUCGGUGAUCACCCUAAAUGAUCUUGAGAAACUACCGUACCUAGACAUGGUGCUGAAGGAGACACUCCGGCUUUAUCCUGUUGCUAAGACAACGUUUCGCGAGACAACAAAGGACUACAUACUCGGUGGUCACCUCUUACCAAUGGGAACUGACAUGCUUAUUAGUUUCUAUGCGACGUCCAGAGUGGAGGAAAAUGUGACAAACCCUUCAAAGUUUUUACCGGAACGAUUCGACAGAAAUAAUUCAGAGAAAUUAAGCAAAUAUGCUUCCACACCAUUUUCAGCCGGUCCUCAUACGUGUAUUGGACGAAAAUUUGCUGAGAUAGAAAUGAAAAUCAUCAUUGCCAAGAUUAUGCAGAAUGUCGACUUUAAACUUGUUCCCGGCCAAACCUAUGAGCUGACAGACAACGCAUCAAUACAAGUCAAAAGUGGUGUCAAAUGUUUCUUCCGCCCAAGGAAAACGGUAUCGGCGUAAGGAAUGGCCUUACAAAGCAUAAAGGAGAGUAUGUAGCCUCCAGAUAAGAUAAACGUUCUGUUAUAUAUAGAUGUUCUUGUUUCAAAAGGGGAAAAUACGUAUAUAUGUAUAUAUAUUAUAAGAGUACACUCGUUACUCGUGGUAUAUGUUGUUUAUAUAAAUAUGUUUGCUAAACGUAAAGGUAUACCGGGGUUAUAUAGUUUCACAUAUAUUUUGGUGUUGUUGAUGUUGACAUAAUGUGGUAAUGAGCUUCCUGCCUGUUUUGAAUGAGGUAAUGAGCUUCCUGCCUGUUUUGAAUGAGGUAAUGAGCUUCCUGCCUGUUUUGAAUGAGGUAAUGAGCUUCCUGCCUGUUUUGAAUGAGGUAAUGAGCUUCCUGCCUGUUUUGAAUGAGCGUAAGUAAUAAGAUGACCUAGCACUGUGCGCUUGACUAUUAUAUAUAUAUAUAUAAAACAGGAGUUGUCAUAAGUGGGUUGAAGUUCUGGAAUUUUAGAAAUAUGUCAAAAGUCACAUUCAAAGCUAGCAGGUCUAUAAACGUAUUGCCAGUAGAAAGGACACACAUCAAAUGAGUAAACCCUAUCUCAUACGGUUAACAUAAUGUGGUCAAUGUGUGUGUUUGUUUUAAGAAUACCAACGGCAAAGAUAAACAGGUUCACAAACGUAUUACCAGUUGAAUGGUGUUAAAGGUUUAAUAAAUCAAUAUUAUACAUUUCAACUAUGACACUAGAGAAAAUAUCGGUAAUUAUUGCGGGCUAUCUCUGGUGUGUGAUCACAUCAGGGUAUAGGGGAAAGCUGUGUCGUUGUCAAGUAUAAAUCGGUCAAAUUUAAGAAAUUUACACGCGAAAUUUUCUAUUAAUCGAUUUUGGUAGCAAGACAAUAAAUAAUGACAGGAGAUGGGAAAUAGGUGAUCUAUCAAGAAUAGUAUUUGGAGGUUCUUUGCGAGAGUGGAAAGUUACAUGUUUAUGGCGGCACAAGAAUUAAGUAUGUAGACUUAGAACUGGACGUUUUUAAAGAUUUGGUAAAGCAUAUGUUUAGAAUAUUGUUUUAAAAAUAUUGAUUGCAAGAUAAGUCAAAUGAAGCAAUUAAUGUUUAUAUUUUUGGUUUGUGUAAAUAAAAGAUUAAAUGUGAAACAGAAAGAGUUAAAACAAGAAAAAAAACAAGGAGAUACAAAAAGGAGAGCAACCAAGGAGAUAACACAAGGACUAAAACAAGGAGAUACAAAAAGGAGAGCAACCAAGGAGAUAACACAAGGACUAAAACAAGGAGAUACAAAAAGGAGAGCAACCAAGGAGAUAACACAAGGACUAAAACAAGGAGAUACAAAAAGGAG